UUUGGAAGAGUGAAAAAAUCUAGUGACCUAAAGCGAGCAUCAUGGCGGCUGCACCAAAGAAACGUGCGUUUGCAGAAGACAUGAAAGGAAAAGGAGGUCCUGGGGAAGACGGAGACGGUCAGGAGGAAGAUUCGGAGGAGGAGAUGUACUCAGGAAGCGAGGAGAGUGAAGGCAGCGACAUGGACGUGGCGCAGGAGGUGCAGGUAGACUUUGAGGCCAGAACUGCCUGUGACAGCGACUUCCAUGGAAUCAAGAGACUGCUCGGACAGCUGUUUCUGAAGUCCCAUGUGAACCUGUCAGAACUUACUGACAUCAUUCUGUCCCAAAACUACAUUGGCUGUGUCAUCAAGCAAGGUGAGAUACCAGAAGACAGCGACAGUGAUGAUGGGGAAGAAGAGAUAUUCGGGUUCAUCACAGUGGUCAACAUCACAGAUAGGAAGGACAAACCCUGUCUACAAGCCCUCAAAGACUUGGUUCUGGAGAGGUGUAAGGACUGUGCACCCAAGAGUACCUACGAGGAAUUGAACAGCAUUCUGGAAAACGACAGGCAUCGUGUUGGUUUCCUGAUGUGUGAGAGGUUUAUAAACCUGCCCCCGCAGCUGGCAUUGCCUAUGUAUGAGAGUCUGAACAAAGACCUCCAGCAAGCCCAGAUCAUGGAGAUGCAGUAUGCCUUUGACUACAUACUACUGAUCAGCAAGACCUACACAGAGGUCAAAACAGCAGGAGGGAGGAAGGGGAAGAAGUCAUCCCAGCCUCAGGAACAGAGAGAAGAGAUCCUGUUUAGCAAUGCAGAGGAGGAGUUCUUUCACCAGGAGGCUCACACAUCUUUUAGCUAUCCUGUGAUAGAGGAGAGUGACUCAGGAUUCAGCGGAAAGUGGAAAUUUGGUGACAGUGCUACAAAACCUUUCCGGACAGUUAUGCUCGUGCCCAAUAGUAGGAUGGUCGAAAUCAAUAAGAAAAUGGAAGAAUAUUUAUCUGUGUAGCUUUUAAUUUUCUGAACUAUGCCAAAAAUUCUAGCAGGGGCU